ACACAAUCUAUGACGUUUAAAUUUGUGUGUAUAAAUCAUGGUGGACUGCGGAAACUCAAGAUGCGCUCAAGAACGAAGGCUUUUCAAGAAGGAACUGCUAUCCUGGAGCAAGAAAGUGCCAUUAAUGUGUGGCCUAGAGCAAGUCGCAGAGGAGCUGGUUGGCGCAGACACCAUGAACAAACUGCUAGAGCCGUUCAAUAAUCGUGAGAGUCGAGAACACAGUGAGCACACAGAUUGGGAACCAUGUGACACAUGCUACUUCUGCCAGUCUCGAACCAAAAUGCUUUUUGAAGCUUUACAACAGAGCUACAAGCAACAGGCAGAGGAACAGCAGAAAGAACAGCAGCACAAGGAACAGCAAGUGAAACAGCUACAAGAACAGCAACAAAAGCUUCUGGAACAGCACCAAGAACAGCAACAAACAGAACAACAACCAACAGAAGAUGAUGAAUGUAAUUCAGAAGGUGCCACAGUUACAGAAGAACCAGGAAUGAAAUACUUGGCCCAGUUGCUGCCAUUUUCAUAUCCACUUCCAUUAGCCUUCCUGCCUCCAAAUAUUGAAAACAAUAUGGCUGAGCUGCAUUCUCCACCGUCAGAUGCACCACUUGACCUCAGUGCCUCAUCCCGCCAUAAUACCAAAGUAGAGCUAGAUGAUCAAAACAGACCUCCAUCUAUGGAACUCAAAGUGCCUCAAGUAAAAAAAUCAGGGAAAAGAAAGGAUGGUUCAGUUAAGAGAAACUAUACCCAGGAGGAGCUAAGUGCUGCCCUAGAUGAUAUUCGUAGCGGGAAACUAGGUACACGUCGUGCCGCUGUCCUGUAUGGCAUCCCAAGAUCUACCCUUAGAAAUAAGAUUUGUAAGAUUUCCACAGAGAAACAAGAGCUGGGAGAACCAAAACUCUCCAUGGCAGAUCUGGUUCAAAACGGUGACUUUUCAUUGGCCGAGGAUAGUCGUAGCACAGGUGAGGCUGAGGAGGAAGCAUGGGAACAGAAGCUUGAGAAACUCCGCAAGAAACAUAACAUUAGCUUAGGAAAUGAACGGGAUUUUGCUGGUGCGUUUAAUCCAUAUGUAUUAAACCCACUGUUGGAUCCAAAUCAACCCUAUGGUCUCACUGAUGCCUACUCUCAUGAGUUAAAGUUGCCGUUGUUGCCUGAUCUAGUUCGUCGCCUUGCGGAGCAACGUAUGGAGCUUGAGCGGGCACAGAACAUGUCACUGAUGCCUGUCAUGCCUAUGGCUUUAUCACUGCUCUCAAAACCUAUGGAACCCGAUUCAUCUGAGAUUAAAGAAGCGAGUGAUUAUUCUACAAGACCCUCCCCUCCGUCCCCUCCAUCACCUGCCUCCCCUACAUCUACGUCCACUCCCCUCAAGAUUCCGUCCUUCAAGCCUUCAAGGUCUAUCGCCGAAACAAGUGUCACCCCAACUAGGGAUCUAGAGAAAAUUACUCAGUCAUCAAUCACAACAGGGAAAAUAGGAGACACACUUAAAGAUAUCAUUGCUAAGACUAUAGCUGAGAAAGUGCGUAGCAAGACUCAGGUAGAUGAUAUGUAUCCAACGGUACCAUUUCCAAACUACACAUUUCCAAGUGGUUUAGAGAAUGGCCACAAUUUGAGCUCCGCCUUCCAGCACAAUGAGCCAGUUGUGGCCCCGCCUCCACCAGUGAAACGUCAGAGAACAAGGCCAGCAACUGUCGCUAAUUCAUUGGCCAAGAAGGAUGAGAAGCCUGUUGAUGGUUCAAAACCUGUUAAGAAAACUCGACCGAAGAGAGGGCAGUAUCGUAAGUAUAACAGCCAAUUGUUACUAGAAGCUGUACGCGCUGUCCAACGUGGUGAGAUGAGUGUACAUCGUGCUGGCAGCUACUUCGGUGUGCCUCAUUCCACACUGGAGUACAAAGUCAAAGAACGCCACCUAUUGCGACAGAAAAAGGUUGCUGAGCAGAAGGCAGCUGCAGAAGCUGCUGCGUUAGCUGCCAGUGAGAACCAGAACAGAUCUGGAACAGGUAGUGACGAUGUCUCCGCUGAUGAUCUCAGCACAUCACCGGCUCCAGGUGCAGCUCCAAUACAAAAUGGUACACUACCAACUGAGGCAGACUAUGGUGCUGCUGGGUUUGCCUUGAAUACAUCCGCUUCUGAGCUUCUAAAGAAACUCCAGCAGAAGGUCCAGGCUAAGGCCAUGGCUGGAAUUGAGAAUGGUAUGGAGGAAACAGCUUCUCAACCGGAGAGGAUGGAGACGACAAGUUCUGGUGAUGUAGUUGUGGUGCAAUAAAUCAGUCAACAGUGCAAUAUAUAACCUUACACCAAGACUGUUAAGCACAGUGCAAGUCAACAUUUACCUCAUUUACUUCGUGAACUAUAAUAGUUCUCACAUUGCAUACAUUGGGUUAAUUAUAACCUGUACUGUAGGAAAUAUAUCAUAAGAGUGUUUGGUUAAUUUUGACAUACACUGUGAAGACAGCCUCGGUAACAACAUAUCUUCAAGUGUAUAGGAUUCAUCCCCUUACUGCUGGCCUGAAUACACUGCACUAGAGGCAGGAGAAUCAAUGCACAAGCACAACCCAUCAUGUAAAAAGAUCACGGUGUUUUGAAAUACAAAAUACAGAAGAAA